AUGACGCUGCGGGCGGCGCGGGGGCGGCGGAGCCGGGCCGGAGCCAUGUCAGCGGCUGGCGGAGGGCAGCGAGACGCCGGCGCCGCCGGCGGGCGCCGCAGCAAGUGGGACCAACCCGGUCCGGCCCCUGCCUUCCUUCUCCCCGGUACGGCGCCGCUGCCCGGGCGCCCCUUUCCCGGCGGCGGAGAUGGCGGCUCCGCCGUGGCAGGCUCCGAGAGCUCCGCAGCCCCUUCGGGAGCGCUGGACGCGGCCGCGGCCGUGGCCGCCAAGAUCAACGCGAUGCUAAUGGCCAAGGGGAAGCUGAAGCCGGCGCCCAGCACCGCGGACAAGCUGCAGGCUCUGGGAAAAGGUCCAGCUGCAAGUAAGAGCAAAGAUGACCUUGUGGUGGCAGAGGUGGAAAUCAAUGAUGUCCCCCUCACCUGCAGAAACCUGCUGACAAGAGGCCAGACUCAGGAUGAGAUAAGUCGACUGAGUGGAGCAGCUGUUUCUACCCGAGGGAGGUUCAUGACUGCAGAGGAGAAAGCCAAAGUGGGACCUGGGGAUCGUCCUCUGUACCUCCAUGUCCAGGGCCAGACCCGGGAGCUGGUUGACAGAGCUGUGAACCGAAUCAAAGAGAUCAUCACUAACGGAGUGGUGAAAGCAGCCACAGGUUCCAGUCCAACCUUCAAUGGAGCUACAGUGACUGUCUACCACCAGCCAGCUCCUAUUACUCAGUUGUCUCCAGCAGUUGGCCAAAAGCCUCCCUUCCAGUCAGGGAUGCAUUACGUCCAGGACAAGUUGUUUGUUGGUCUGGAACAUGCUGUGCCUACAUUUAAUGUGAAGGAGAAGGUGGAAGGGCCUGGUUGCUCCUACCUGCAGCACAUUCAGAUUGAAACAGGAGCCAAAGUCUUCCUUCGUGGGAAGGGCUCAGGCUGCAUAGAGCCUGCCUCAGGCAGAGAGGCUUUUGAGCCCAUGUACAUCUACAUCAGUCACCCAAAGCCAGAAGGUUUGGCAGCUGCUAAAAAGCUGUGUGAGAACCUACUGCAGACUGUUCAUGCUGAAUACUCUCGCUUUGUGAACCAGAUAACCACUGCAGUACCCUUAGCAGGCUUCACGCAGCCUGCAGCCAUCAGCACUGUCCCCUCCCAGCCAUCCUAUUACCCUUCCAAUGGCUAUCAGUCUGGUUACCCUGUUGUGCCCCCUCCUCAACAACCAGUUCAGCCACCAUAUGGUGUACCAGGCAUAGUGCCACCUGCAGUGCCAUUGGCACCUGGAGUCCUGACAACGCUGCCCACGGGAGUGCCGCCUGUGCCAACGCAGUAUCCAAUACCUCAAGUCCAGCCUCCAGCCAGCACUGGCCAGAGUCCACUGAGUGGUCCCUUCCUUCCUGCUGCCCCAGUCAAAACCACCAUGCCAGCUGGUACACAGCCCCCAGCUCAGCCCCAUCCCCAGGGUCAAAAGAGACGCUUCACCGAGGAGCUGCCAGAUGAGAGGGAGUCAGGCCUGCUGGGAUACCAGCAUGGACCCAUUCAUAUGACUAAUUUAGGUACAGGCUUCUCCAGUCAGAGCGAACUCGAUGGAGCCGCGGCGAAGCCAGCAAGUUCCUCAGGAAAGGAAAGAGAGAGGGACAGGCAGCUGAUGCCUCCACCAGCCUUUCCUGUCGCUGGGAUGAAACCGGAAGCUGAAGAAAGGAACGGCGCAGGGUCUCUACCAGGCAGCCACGAUCAUCAAGCUAAGAAGAUGAAAACUGCAGAGAAAGGCUUUGGAUUAGUGGCAUAUGCUGGAGACUCAUCAGAUGAAGAGGAGGAGCAUGGGGGCCACAAAAACGCAAGUAGCUUUUCACAGGGAUGGAGUUUGGGGUACCAGUACCCUUCCUCACAGCAGAGAGCUAAGCAGCAGAUGCCCUUUUGGAUGGCACCCUGAGAGCUUCGG